AGACAAGUACGAGCUCCGAAGGCUUUGAUGCUCCGAGCUCUCGCACUGCGAAGCCGUCGGAGAAUUUUGCCGCCGUUGCAGCUUUCCUCUACCUAAUACCUAUAUCCCUCCUCCUUAUUCUUCUGAAGAUAUACAGAAAAGCUCAGGCAAGAGUAAUUAUCGCGAUUAUGGCGUUUAACCAGGAUUACCUGAAAACAGUAGUACCUUCUCAACUCCUCGCCGAGCGCGGCUCCAAUCUCGUCGUCAUCAAUCCAGGUUCUGCAAAUAUUAGAAUAGGACGAGCUCAACAGGACAGUCCACUGAACAUUCCUCAUUGCAUUGCUCGUCGAACCAGCCAAGUGCCUAAAAGGAAUGUCCAGGAUCAAAUGCUCAAUUCUCAGGUUACAACCGCACAGCAUAUGGAGCGCGAAAGGGCUUAUGACAUUAUUGCAUCACUGUUGAAAAUUCCGUUCCUGGAUGAGGAGGUUCCUAAUAGCUCUUAUCCUCGGAAGAUGGGUCGAGUUGAUGCAUAUCCUCCACAAAAUAACAAGAAAGAGACACCAUUCACUUGGACUGAGGUGUUUGAAAACACCCCUCCCCCUCCACCCUCAACAGGAGGAGAUAAUAACAUAACCAAUGGUGAAACUUCUGAGCCCCCCAUCGCAAAAGAAAGCAACAAUACCAUGGAACUCAGUUCAGGUGAACGCAAAUAUAAAGAGUACAUAUGUGGUGAAGACGCUUUGAGAAUAUCCCCCAAUGAACCAUAUUGCUUGCGUCGUCCAAUCCGCAGAGGUCACCUUAAUAUUUCUCAACAUUACUCGAUGCAGCAGGUUCUUGAGGACCUGCAAACUAUCUGGGAUUGGAUUUUGACUGAGAAACUGAAUAUCCCUCAACAUCUAAGACAUAUGUAUGCUGCUAUUCUUGUUGUUCCAGAGACAUUUGAUAAUCGAGAAAUAAAAGAAAUGAUAUCUAUUGUUUUACGGGACUUGCAGUUCAGUUUGACAGUUGUCCACCAGGAAGGUCUUGCUGCAAUAUUUGGUAAUGGUUUGCCAACAGCAUGUAUUGUGAAUAUGGGUGCUCAGGUGACAUCUGUUAUUUGCGUUGAGGAUGGAGUAGCUUUACCUUCGACACUGAUCAGUCUACGUUACGGUGGAGAGGAUAUAUCAAGGUGCCUUCUCUGGACUCAGAGACAUCAUCAAACUUGGCCACCAAUUCGUACUGAUGCUCUUACAAAGCCUGUAGAUUUAUUAACGCUGAACAAACUUAAAGAGUCCUAUUGUAUGAUCAGAGAGGGAGAGGUUGAAGCGGUUGCUCAGGUUCAUUCAUACGAAGAUGGCAUGGUACCUGGAUCACACAAGUCAAGGCUAACCGCUCUUAAUGUACCCCCAAUGGGGUUAUUUUAUCCAACACUUUUGGUCCCGGAUGUGUAUCCUCCCCCGCCUCGUUCUUGGUUUAAUGACUAUGAUGAUAUGCUUGAAGAUACAUGGCAUAUGGACUUUCCUGGCACCGGUGCAUUUCCGAUGUGGGAGAGCUAUCCAAUUUUUCAAUCCAAACCGAAGAGAGAAGAUAAUAUUGGUCUUGCAGAAGCUAUUGCGAAAAGCAUUCUUUCAACAGCACGCAUUGAUCUCCAAAGAAAGCUGUUUUGUAGUAUGCAACUGAUCGGUGGAGUUGCAUUGACUGAUGGCCUUAUUCCUGCUGUCGAGGAAAGAGUUUUACACGCGAUCCCUUCGCAUGAAGCAAUUGACACAGUCGAGGUAUUGCAAUCUAGAACAAACCCCUCUUUUGUAUCGUGGAAAGGUGGAGCGGUUCUAGGCAUUCUCGAUUUCACUCGAGACGGGUGGAUUAAUCGAGAGGACUGGAUCAGAAGCGGAAUAGACACAAGAAUCAGGAGGAAAUACAAGGAUUCUUAUUAUCUUCAGGCACAUACAAUGGCGUACAUAAAUUCAUAGCCUUUCUGCUUGCAGAAGUUGCAAUAGUUUCAUUGUACUUGCAGUCAUAUUCAUAACAGUGAUAUUCAAAAUUUUACUAUUUAGUAAGAUUCAUCAAGUAGAAGUGCAAUGCAGCGUGUGGAUAUUGAACAAAAUAGCGUGCAAUCGUUUCUCACUCGU